AAUUUCUGUUUUCCACAAUAUGCUCUCUCAUUAUCUUCGCUUUUCUUAAUUUUACCAAAUCAAGAUAAAAGCAAUGGGUUUCCAUUUUGAUUUGGAAUCUUUUAAUCUGUGCUUUGCUUUUUGUGGGCCAGGAGGAUGUGAACAUGAGAUAGAAUACCAAGAUGUAGAUUAAGGGAAAUAUGGGGGUUUUGUGGUCUGAAACUAAAGAGAUUGAGACAUCAACCAUUGAAAAGAUCCUGCGUUUCUUCUUCUGUAAAUUUUUCCUUUUUCCUGUUUGUUUUGUAGAACUUUCUGGCUGUCUGUUGUGGCUGUUCUGUUAGAUUUUUCACUUAUUCCUUUGUUUUUGUUCUAGGGCUUGUGUAUGUGACCCUUCCUGCAGAUUUUUUUUUCUUAUUUUGCAGUCCUUUUCUCCUGUAAAUUUCUCAGGUUUGUAAGAUGUUUCUCUCCUCCUAGACCGUGUAUCUUCCAGCUUUUCCUGUUCUGUUAAUCUUUCUGGGGUUUCUGGAAUGUGGCUGUUUCUUGCGGAUUUUCCAUAGCUUCCAGUUUUUUCUUCUGGGUGCUUACUAAUCCUUAUUAAUCUCUUAACAUCUUCCACUGUUUUGGUCAGCAAAUUUAUGGGGUUAUUGGGUCUUGACUCGUCUUCUAAAAUUUUGAUAUCCUCAGGUGGUUUCGGCUCCAUAAAUCUUUCUGGGUUUUCGGGUUGAGACUAUUUAAAAAGCAAAAAAAAUCAACUCUCCCCGUCCUUUCAAUCAACAAAUCUUUUGGGUUUCUGAGUGAAGUGACUGUUGUAAAAUUUUCUUUCUCAUUUAAUUGUUAAGCCCAACCAAACCUUCCUUGGGAUUCUUGUAAUUUUUUGGAAAUGGUGAGAGGGAAGAUUCAGAUGAGGCGAAUUGAGAAUGCCACGAGCAGGCAAGUGACCUUCUCGAAACGCCGAAACGGGCUGCUGAAGAAGGCGUAUGAGCUAUCGGUUCUCUGUGAUGCUGAAGUUGCUGUGAUCAUUUUCUCACAGAAAGGAAGGCUCUACGAGUUUUCCAGUUCCAACAUGCAAAGUGCGAUAGAACGAUACCGUGAACAUGCAAAACAAGUUGAAACCAACAAUCCAGAAUUGGAGCAAUAUAUGCAGGAUGCAGAAAGCAUGGCAAAGAAGAUAGAGCUCCUUGAAGUUUCUCAACGGAAGCUUUUGGGACAAGGCUUGAGCUCAUGUUCUCUGGACGAAAUCCUAGAGAUUGACAGCCAACUGGAGAAGAGCUUAAAGAGCAUCAGGGCAAGAAAGGCUCAGAUAUUCCAGGAGCAGAUUGAGGAGCUAAAAGAAAGGGAGAAACAACUGCUAGAAGAAAAUGCAAGGUUAAGUCAAAAGGACACAAGGCAGUGGCAACUCUCAGCACAACCAAGUGAAGGUGUAACCUACAGCCAAAGCAGUCCAAGUUCUGAAGUGGAGACCGAGUUGUUCAUCGGCCUGCCAGAAAUGCGCUGCUCAUGACCAAGUGGGGACUUGCUGAUGUUCUUGGCCACAUUUCCAGACCGUGAUUUGCAGUGUCUAUUUUCAAUUUCAACAUCAAAUAAUUGCACUCGCUAAUCAUCUGAGUGGCAGCAUUCAAUAAACAAGAAUAAUGUAGUGUUAAGAUUGUGCCUAUAGAAUAAAUUUCAAAUAUAUAUAGCAUUAAAGUUAAUGUAGUGUGAGUUUAUGCCUGCCUGAAAGAAAAAAAAAAAUGUAGUAUGAAGUUGCUGGUUUGUGGAAACCCGGUUUCAUCGCCAUUAAUUAUACUCUUAAUUAGUUUUCCUUGCUCUA